GAUCACUGAGCACGGCAAGGAAACGAUGUCGUUUUUUUGGCAUAUAAUUUGCACUACAACCGCUAUAAAAGGCUCAAAUUGCUAAAAGAUGUUUUGCCUUGGAUUGCUCGAUUUUCGUAGUAGCUGUUGACAAAUGAGAAAUUCGGUGAAUCGACCUCCAACACCGGAUGCAGCGGAGGAUCCAGGGAAAGAGCCUACGCUUCAAGAAAUUAUCAACAUUAAGUUGAUUGAGAGUGGAGAAAAGGAGCGAUUGAUGGAACUUUUGAGGGAAAGGCUUAUAGAAUGUGGAUGGAAAGACGAAAUGAAAGCUCUUUGCAGGGCAUUUAUAAAGAAGAAAGGGAGGAGCAAUGUUACUGUGGAUGACCUUGUACAUGUAAUUACCCCUAAGGGCAGAGCAUCUAUUCCUGAUUCCAUAAAGGCUGAGCUGUUGCAAAGAAUUCGUGCUUUUCUUGUUCAAGCUGCUGUUUGAUACACUAGCUAUGAGUCAUGAGUGUUGUGGAGUAGUAAGAAACUCAGAACCAUUAAUAGUAUGGAUGCAUAGUUUAGCGUCAUUGCCGCGAGUUAUCUUGAGAGAGUAGAGGUAACUUGAUUUACCUUAGUGGUAUUGCACGUUGCAAAACCAAGGAACGAAAAAUCAUACGGCCAAAGCAGGAGAGAAGUUUCAUCAGUUUACUCCUUUUACUUAUAAAUUCGAAAAUACAGUUUGGCAUAAUUAUUAUGUAAUGUUUCUCAACACACCUACUUCCAUUCCUCUAACUGCUCUGUUCUGGUUUGUUACCAAUUUCUGCUGCCUGCUCUAUAAUGAUUCUUUGCUCACUAUUGGCUGAUA